AAGAUCGUUACUGGUACCACCUGUGCGGGCGUGAGAGAUGGAUCUGGCCCUUAACGCGGCGCAGUGGGUGGUUGGCAAGGCGCUUGCCCCAGUUGCCGAUGGCUUGCUCCAGUCUUGGGCUGGCAGCAACCAGCUCGGACCCAACAUGGAGGCUCUCAGAAUGGAGCUGCUACUCGUGAAGGCCACGCUGGAAAAUGCCGGUGACAAGCAGCUCGACGGCCGCCAAGCCCUCGAGGAGCUGCUGCAAAAGAUGCAGGACUUGGCUCAUAAUGCUGAGGACGUGCUUGACGAGCUGGAUUAUUUCCGCAUCCAUGACGAGCUCUAUGGCACCUGUGACGCUGCCAACGAGGACACUAGAGGUUGUGGCCACAAUGUCCUCCUGAAUGCACGCCACACCGCCAAAGCUGUUGGCAAGCUGCUUUCGUGUACAUCCGCUUCUACCUCUGGUGAUCACGUAGAAGAAGAUGCAACACAUCGUGUUCUUUGCUGCGCUCCACCUCGUGCCAGGGAGAGAGCACGCGGCAGUUCCUCCUCAGCGGCUGGUGAGGAGGUUAGCAGCCGCAUGAGCAAGUUUGGUAAAUUCUUCCCUUGCUCUUCCAUUCCAAAAGUUCAUGAUGAUGAUGAUUCUGGCAACUCAAUCCUUUCUGGUGUCCACGCACGCAAGGUACCACAGAACAACCCCGCUAACGAAACAACAAUCUUGAGAUUUCAUAGGGUGGAUGUCUCUAAUAGAAUGAAACAAAUUGUAGAGCAACUACGACCCAUGCGUCAAGAGGUUACAACCAUCCUGCGGGAUUGUAGGCUUAGAAUUGCUGCAGGCCCUGCCCAUAAUCGUCCCACCACAACCUCCGAAAGUCUAGAGCCAAAAUUGCAUGGGAGAGACCAUAUGUUGAAUAGCAUCAUCCAUGACAUUACUAAGGGUAAAUAUUGUGGGAAGGAUCUGACUGUGCUUCCACUGGUUGGCCCGGGAGGCAUAGGAAAGACAACUCUCACACAAUACAUACAUAAUGCACAAGAAGUGCAAAACCAUUUUGAGGUAGUGGUUUGGACAUGUGUAUCUCUAGAUUUCAACCCGAAUAAGUUGCUAGAAGAGAUUAAAGGAAAAAUCCCUAAUGUUGAAGGGGAAAAGGAGGGUGAAGUAGGGAAGGUGAUUGAACAAAGACUAAAAUCUAAAAGGCUUUUACUUAUACUGGAUGAUAUGUGGAAAUGUGGUGAUCAGGAGGAUUGGGAAAGGUGGUUGUUGCCAUUCAAAAAAUCACAAACAAAAGGUAGCAUGAUUCUAGUCACAACUCGGUUUCAAGCGCUAGCAGAAACAGUUAAAACAACCGGUCGUUAUAUAAAACUGGGAGGGUUAGAACCGCAAGAGUUUAGGAAGUUGUUCCUAGCAUAUAUCUUCGGUGAUGAGGAUUCUACAGAGGAUCACACUUACUUGCUCGAGACUGGAGAUAAGAUAAUAGAAAAACUAAAGGGAUCGCCUCUUGCGGCAAAAACUGUUGGUAGAUUACUGAGAGAUCACCUGGAUUUGCAUCAUUGGAAAAUGGUCCUUGAAAGUAAAGAAUGGGAGACACAAACUGGAAACCAUGACAUUAUGCCUGCCUUGAAACUUAGUUACGACUAUCUCCCUUUCGAUAUCAAACAAUGUUUUUCCUAUUCUGCAUUAUUUCCUGAGGAUUACAAGUUCCAUAGCAAACAGCUCAUUCACUUCUGGAUAGGACUCGAUAUUUUACAUUCUAGUGGCGAAACUAGAACAAAGGAAGACAUAGGUCUGAGAAAUUUAAAUUAUUUGGUCACCCAUGGUUUUUUCAGAAAAGAAGAAACCAGUGGAGAGCCAUAUUAUAUUAUCCAUGACCUACUACAUAAUUUAGCAUUGAAGAUCGCGUCUCAUGAAUGUCUUAGCUUGAAUUUUCCAAAUGUAAGAUCAAUAGGAAUUCAUCCAUGCACGCGUCACUUGUCGGUAAUUAUAGAUAUUGUAGAUUGUGAUAAAGCAAUGGCUAGUGAAAACAUCGAGACUGAACUGAGAAAACUAAAGACGAGAUUCAGCGUUGAAAAAUUGCAAACUUUGAUGGUGUUUGGAGAAAUGGAUGAAAGCAUUGCUAGUAUUUUUGGUGAUUUUCUUAGGGAAGCAAAUGCUCUCCGUGUUCUUUUCUUCUCCAAAAUGUGUAUUCCUGUUGAGUCUAUGUUACAUAACUUUUCAACACUUGUCCACCUACGAUACCUAAGUCUAGGGACCAUGCUUAAGAUGUACUUACCAGACACAAUAUCUAGAUUUUAUCAUUUAAAGAUUUUGGAUCUAGAAGAAUGGUGUGGAUAUCAUGAUGUGCCCAGAGACAUGUCCAACCUUGCAAAAUUAUGUCAUAUUCCUACACAACGUGAUGAGCUUCAUUCUUGUAUUUAUAAUGUGGGAAAAUUAAAACUCUUACAAGAGUUAAAGGCAUUUAAAGUCAACAAAGAAAAUGAAGGGUUUGAACAAAAGCAACUUGAGGAUUUGGUCGAGCUAAGGGAACUUGGCAUCUACAACCUUGAGAAAAUACAUACACAAGAAGAAGCAGCCAAAGCAAAACUGAUAAACAAAAACUACUUGCGUGUUCUAACAUUAUCUUGGGAUAGUGAGCAAACUAAUGCUAAGCCUGAGGAUGAAGGUCUGGUUCUUGAGAGUCUUCAACCACAUAGAAAUCUCCAAGAGUUGUACAUUAGAGGGAACAAAGGCCCUUCUUGUCCAACAUGGCUGGGUGAUAAGCUCGAUGUUGAAGCUCUAAAGUCUCUUCAUCUCUUUCGUGUUUCUUGGGAUGUCUUUCCUUCUUUUGGGAAGAUGUGGGAUCUCCGCGAACUAACACUCAAUCAUAUUUCCACAAUAAAGGAGUUUGGUCUAGAGGAAAGCCUCUGCAAGUUAUUAAAGAAGAUUACACUCACCGGCUUAGAAAAUUUUGAAAAAUGGGUACCACAGCCCACUCAUUUCUUCCCCCAUUUGCAAGUACUGAUUAUCAUAGAUUGCCCUAAACUCUCAGAGUUGCCAUUUUCAUGUCACAUUGUUUACCCACUGAAACAAGACUGGAACACAGAUUGGUUUCCCAAACUACAAGAGCUUAAGAUUGAAAAUUGCCCUGAAGUCUUGCUACUGCCUCCUAUCCCUUGGACCCAGUCUUUGUGCUUUGUCAAGAUAAAUGACGUGGGAUCAAAACUACUACACGAUUUGGUCUACUCAAAAUCAUCUUCUGGAGUAGCAUUGAACAUUCAUGGAAAGGAUGGUCUACUUAGCUUUGAUCAGCUGUUACUAUUCAGUCAACUAACCGAACUUCAGGAGUUGAAUAUCUAUAACUCCCCACCUUUGGAGUUGAAGUAUUUUCUAAUGCUAACCUCAUUGAAGACAUUGUUGGCAUGGUCUUCAAAUCUUGGGGUGGUGCCAUCAGAAGUUCAGAGUGGUGUCGAAUGGCAGCAUCCUGUUGACGAGAUUAAAAUUUGGUCUUCUGAUUCUAGUGGAAAGGAAUUGUCACAGUUCUUGUCUCACCUCCCAAAGCUAUCCAAACUGGAAGUAAAUUCUUGUAAAAACAUAACACAGUUGGCUGUGGGGGUGGAUUUGCAGCAAACAACAGUACCAGUAGUGUCAUCGUCAAUCUCUUUAGAUGUUAUUACAAUGGAUGAUACACAAACACAAGUGAAAGUUGAGCAGCAAGAAAUAGCAGAGGUGGAGAAGGAGGAGGCAAACACGGUGGAUGAUGAUGGGCUGUUGCUCCUCCCUGCACAUCUCUCCAACUCUCUGCAGGAGUUGGCCAUCGACAGUGGUAAUCUGGUAGUUCAUUCUUUGAAUGCCCUCAAAGCCCUAACUAGACUUGAGUUAAAAGAUUGCUCUUUUCGCCACCCUUUCCCGUCCUGCCUGCUAGACCUGGAACUUUCGUCCGUGGAGGGCGUGCUGACCCUUUCAAACCUCACCUCUCUCACUCGAUUAGAAAUAUAUCGUUGCGGAGAGGAUUUUAGAUGCGAGGGCCUGUUGCCUCUCCUUACUCGGGGCCACCUCAGCAGUUUAGAAGUCAUUGGAAGCCCCAAUUUCUUUGGUGGGUGGGAGUGGGAUCCCAAUGCCAUGUGGGGGAGGUCCUCCAAACUGCAGAAGGUCGAGACAGAUGACAUCCAGGGCUUCCUCGGUGCGCCCGCCCUCUGUAGCCUCCUCUCUUCCUCCCUCAGCGACUUGCACUUUAGUUGGAACGAUGAGACAGCGCACUUCACAAACGAGCAGGAGGAGGCCUUUCAAUGCCUCACCUCGCUCCAGGUACUCUACUUUUGGUUUUGUCAUAAGCUGGAACACCUCCCUGCAGCGCUAAACAAGCUGACCAACCUCAAGAGAUUAGUAAUCUGCGGUUGUCCAGCCCUCCGGUCGCUGCCCAAGGACGGCCUCCCGAGUUCACUGCGAGAAUUAGAUGUCGAGGAUUGCGUCAACAAGGAGCUAACAGAGCACUGCAGGCGGCUAAUGGGAACCAUCCCGAAAAUCAGACUAUAG